AUGGCCGUGUUCCACAGUCUGACUCCUCUGCGGGUGGAGGAGCUGAGGCCGAGCGAUGCCGGCUGGAGCCUCCUUCAGGAUCCUCCUCAGAUGGAUCAUCCAGAACCCAGACGCCACCCAGAUCUACGCCAGCGCAAGACAGGGAAGUCAGUGAGCAGCUCGUGUCCCGACGGUUGGACUCACUACAGGAGACGCUGUUACAUCGUCGGCUCGUCGGUGGCCAGCUGGGGGAGCGCCGAGAGGAGCUGCUCGCUGCUGUUUAACAGCAGCCUGACCGGCGUGCGCUCCAGAAGAGACCUGGCCUGGCUGUGGAAGUUUGCCGGGAGGAAGCCAUUUUGGAUCGGUCUGUCUGGAGGUUCGGGACGCUGGAUUUGGGCUGAUGGUGGCUCAGUGUCCUUCUCCAGACUGAGGGGGGCGCCACCGGGCCACGGCGCGUCCCACAGCGAGUCCCACGGCGAGUCCCACAGCGAGUCCCACGGCGACUCGGACUGCGUGCUGGUUGAAAACCACCGAAGCUGGAUCUCCACAAGCUGCUCCCCCGAAACUCAACACACAUUUAUCUGUUCCUCGGUGGCUCACACUCACUGAGAGACACGUUUACUGUUCCCAGCUCCGUCUGAACCACCUGCCGCCGUGUUUGAGUCAUAUUUAAUGAUACGCAAUGAUGCUGCUCUGUACAAUAGUAUUCAUAUUUUUGACAUAAUAAAGAUCGCUGCACAAAACCGAGA